AUGACUUCAUUCCUGCGCCAGAGAACACCGUCCGUUCUUUCACCAACUGCAGUGAUGGAAGCACCAACAACACCCACUUCAACCCCACUUGGAAGCAAACAUGCCACACUUUUAUCCUACAAUGAGAUGCCGGAUUUCUGCCAAGACAACGCCUUCAUUCUUGAUGCCUAUCGCCCUGUAUCACACUCUACCCGUGCAUGUUUUGCCAGUCUGUUUUCUCUGCAUAAUGAAACUAUCAACAUCUAUUCUCACCUGAUCCCAGGGAUACUAUCCCUUGUGGCGGAAGGCGUGAUGUACCACUAUCUUCACACACGAUACCCCAAGGCAGCAAUUGGUGAUUACCUUGUUUUUGCCUUCUUUCUUUUGACAGCGACCAUAUGCCUGGUAACAUCAGCGACAUACCAUACGUUGACAAACCACUCCAAAAACGUUUCAAAAUUAUGGUUACGGCUAGAUUUUGUCGGGAUCAUUAUCUUCAUUUUGGGUGAAUUUGUGUCUUGGAUCGGCAUGAUUUUCUACUGCGAGUCUACUGUGAAGUGGGCAUACUGGGCUAUGAUGAUCACACUUGGCUUCGCGACAAUCUUAAUUUUAAUGCACCCAAAGUUCCAGGAUCCACGCUGGCGCACUUUUCGUAUCUUUAUCUUUGUCGGCAUCGGUCUUGCAGGUUUGGCACCCCUCGUUCACGGUAUCAUUGUCUUUGGCUUCUCGAAAAUGGUCAAACAGUCUGGAAUGCUGUACUACUUUACCAAGGGAUUCCUCCUAUUACUGGGUACACUGUUCUAUACGAAGAGAAUCCCUGAAGCUUUGAAUCCAGGAAAGUUUGACAUCUUUGGUGCUUCCCAUCAGAUUUUUCAUAUCUUGGUAGUAUUUGCCAGCAUUGUGCAAUCUGUUGGGCUUUUGUCUGCAUUUGAUUACAACUAUCAUAGAACUUGCGACAUUUGA